AUGGCCGACGGAGUCCUAUCCCCGCCAGAUCUCCUGGCUGCAACAACUCCAGAUCCACUCAACAUGAACACUCCGGACUUUGCCCUCACGCCGUCCACGGCUGCCACCACCGCCCUCGCUACACCCAGCUCUAUCCAACACGUCCCUCAAUCGUCCGCAGCAAAGCCUGCAAAGAAACGCAAGUCGUGGGGUCAGGCACUCCCCGAACCCAAGACCAACCUGCCGCCUCGCAAGCGGGCCAAGACUGCCGACGAGAAGGAGCAGCGUCGCAUCGAACGCAUCAAGCGCAACCGCGCCGCUGCACACAACUCUCGAGAACGCAAACGCCAGGAAGCCGAGCGUCUCGAAGUUGAGAACCACGCCCUCAAACAGCAGAUCACCGCUCUGCAACAACAACUCGCCCAGAAGGAUGUCACCCUUGACAAGUGCAAGGACAUGAUCCCUGGCGGUCUCCCUCAACUCACCCAGGAAGAACUGGCAAACAUCAAGGUGCCCGAAGAAAGCACCGUCUCUCCUUCGUCAUCAUAUGAUACCAUCGACCCUCGUGCCUCUCUGGCGCCUUCAUCCAUUAACGAAGACUACAUGACGCCAUCAAUCAAGAUGGAGCCCAUGUCGCCGGCUUCUCAGAUGCACCUCCCCCCUUCGGCUGUCCACAGGACAAGCAUCUCGCUCGACCAGACACAACAUUCUGCUGCGAUGUUGUGCGACCUGCAGUAUUAUAAUCUAUUUGAUGCAUCUGAACAUCAUGACCUUUUACAAGAGCCUCAUGGUAGCUUCGUGGACCUUAUGGCCGACUCGUAUGGCCACGAUGAUGAAUCAGGUCUCAGCCACUUUGACAACCUCAUCGAAUACGAUGAUGUGCACUCCAACUACACGACGAACGCUACGACGACUGACGGCGGCGACGACAUCUUCAACCUCUCUAGCUAUGGCCUCAAGGACACUUUUCUUGCUCCUGAGCUUACUCUCGCAUCGGCUCCCAACCUCUGCGACUUCAGCGCAACUUUUUGCGACGGGUCCUAG